UAUAGUUGGGGGCUCGCGUCCGAUGGCUUAGUAUCGCUUGGUAACUUCAGCGCGCAUCAACAUGGCCUCAGCGAAACUGCUACUUCUCACUGCCUUGGUGGCCAUUAUGGCAGCCAGCUGCUCUGGCGGUCUGUUGGACUAUGUUUACCCAACGAUCAUCACAGAGUUCUACAAUCAAGUGCCCACCAAAGAGGGUUACCGCUUCAACCUGGAGGAGCCCAAUGGCAGCAAGCGGGAGGAGAUCGGUGUCAUUAUGAAUCCUGGCACGGACAAGGAGGAGCUCGUUGUCAUGGGUUCUUACUCCGUCUACGAUGAGAAGACUGACACCGAGACUGUGACCAUGUACACGGCCGAUAAGGAUGGUUACAAAUCCCGCUAUCAGCUGAAGAAUCGCAAGCUGAGCCCCGGCGCUUUGAAGUCCGCUGCUGGAUAAACAAUUUGUUCAGUGUCUUGCAAUAAUUCGUAGAUAAAACUAAAAUAAAAAUACCUCAAAAUAAUA